AGCGCGCUAGUCCUCUCCCUUCACUUCAACGACCACUCCAUUCCUUCCGAAUUCCCUUCUUCUCCUUGUGAGAUUUUCAGAUGUUGUUGUUGUUGCAGAACCACCAUUACUCCUCAACUCUCCUCUCUCCUCAAUUCUUCCAUUCACCUCGCCACCGCCAUCAGAGAGCUUCUUCUUCUUUUUCCUGCCGCUGUCUCGGAAACCCCACCCCGGCGGCCAUUUUCUCCUCUCUAUCAGCCCUCCCGCGGCCUUUCUUGGAGCCAUGGCUGGCGGAUAUCACCACGAUUGAAGUUCCCGUCCCCUUGCCGGAAGACGGCGGUGGCCCUAUUGAGCUCCCUUUCCCUACUGCUCCUUCCAUCUUCGCCACCACCGACGACCCUUCCCCGCUGCAGAUUGCGACCAGCGUGCUGCUCACUGGGGCUAUCCUGAUAUUCCUCGUUCGCUCCAUCCGCCGCCGUUUUAAGCGCGCCAAGGAAUUGAGAUUCAGAUCAUCAGGGGCUACUAAGAAGACGCUGAAAGAUGAGGCAUUGGAAAGCUUGAAGGCCAUGGGAGCCGCGGCUCCAGUUGAAGAAGGUAAGAAGCCUACUUCACCUGUGCAGGCACUACUAGGUGGAAUAUCUGCAGGUGUGAUAGCCCUUAUUCUCUACAAGUUCGCCACCACCAUUGAGGCAUCUCUCAACCGGCAGACCAUAUCAGAUAACUUCUCGGUUCGCCAAAUAACAAUUACUAUCAGGACCAUCAUCAAUGGGUUGUGCUACCUUGCCACGUUCGUUUUCGGUCUUAACUCUGUCGGUUUAAUCCUAUACUCUGCCCAGCUCACGAUGAACUCCUUCAUGGAAGGGGAAGAAACUGAAACUGGUGAAGGAGAAAUGCUAUCAGAUCCGCUGAACUCAACUUCUGAUGGCGAUCAGAGCAGUCAGAUGGAUGAAAAUUCCGACGAUGGUCAAUAGUGUAAACAAGCAACCAGGCCAGUGUAUUGUUCUUGAAAGGACUUUCUCAUUCAAGUUUUGUACCUAGAAAGCACACAACAGCUUUGAGAUUUUUAUUCCGGAUUACAAGAGGAGCUUUGAACAGCAAAGUGAUCUUUAACUCCAUUGGUGAGUUGACCCAAAAAGAACAAUGUUGUAUACAUGAUUCCUUCAGGCAACUUCCAUAAACCAUUUUCUCUCUUUGUUCAGUACUACUGCUCAUAUGGAACAGGAAUCCUCUGAGUAGUAGGCCCAGCAACCAUGUCCUCCCACAUCAGAUCAGAAAGUGCCAUUGUCAAUUCUCCCACAUUCCCUGCAUUUCAAACAAAAUAUCCAUUAGCUAUCUCAAAGCAAAAGUAUCUACCUCUAGAAAAUAUAUACAAUCUCCCAUUACCAUCUCCAAUGAGCUGAUCAUCCCACAUCACAAUAGGCAACAAGGGGAGCGUGCUCCCUACAAACAUCAUCUCCAGAGCAGCUUUCGCCUCUCCAAUAGUGAGUUUACCGGUCUUCACCCCUUUCAGCUUCCCCUUUUCCACCAGCUUGGGCGCCAGCUGAAGCAGCCUCAGAGCAGUGCAUCCGCGGAGUAUGUUGUCAAAUGGAGGCAGGAUCAGCUCUUUCUCCUGAGUAAUGAAUGCUACGUUCACAUUGGGACCCUCAGCCACGUACCCUUCCUCGUCGACCCAGAUUGAGGCGAAGGCUCCUCUGUCCUCGGCUUCCAUGAUGGACAGCACAUUGGGGAGAUAGUUCACAUUCUUUGCAGUUGCAAAAAGAGGCGGCUUCAUGGGGAUGUUAGAUGUGAUCACCUUAACUCCUUCCUUUUGCUGGGAGAACUCCUCGUCGAUCACGACUGCAUAGAAUGCUGAAGUUGGGCAACCAGAUGGGGACAGCAGGAAGUUGCCUGGGCCUGCACUCAGCCAGUAUCUCAGUGUGCCUUUCUUGCAGUUUGAUGCUGUUGCCAACUGGAUCAGGAUGGUGCGCAGUUUGUCCUUGGUGAAUGGAGAUGAUAUCCUUGCCUUUGAGGCUGAUGUUAGGAUCCUCUCUAUGUGUACAUCUAGCUCAUAGAGGUAUCUGAAACACGAGAGCUGCAGAAUUAGAUUCAUGACGCAGGGGCUAAAUGCUUCAAAGGUCACUGAACUAUAUGUGCCAGAUUACCCGUCGAGGAUUAUGGCCGUGUCAAAAACACCAUGACCGCGAUGUACCAUGUGGUCAUCAAUCGGAAUCACCAUCAACGCCGGAUCGAGAAUGAUCCCACCAUAGACGCUCGAGUACAUUGCUGGAAGGAUUUCAACCUCGCUAAACCCUCUUCAAGCGACUCCGGAUCA